AUGGUUGAGUUCCUUUCCCUCAUGCUUUCCAAUGUAUUUUUACUCCUCAUUUCUUUCAUUAUUUGCCUUUUCCUAUUGGACUUUGUGAAGAGCAGGAAGAAUGGAUCGCAGUUUCCACCGGGUCCUAAAGGCGUUCCAUUUCUUGGUAACAUUCUGCAGGUCAACUUCAGAAACCCAACAAAAUCAUUGCACCAGUUGAGAAAAGAGUUUGGGGAUGUAUAUAGUUUGCAGUACUUCUGGAAUAAAACCGUGGUGCUGAAUGGAUUUGAAUUGAUAAAGGAAGCUCUGAUCAACAGGUCGGAGGACAUCGCAGAUCGACCUCGAUUUCCUAUCUAUGAAAAAAUAGGAUAUGUUGGAGACACCAAAGGCAUAAUAAUUGCCCAAUAUGGAAGCUCAUGGAAAGAGCAUAGAAGGUUUACAAUGUCAACACUUAGAAACUUUGGGAUGGGCAAGAAAUCUCUUGAGGAAAGGGUGGCAGAAGAAGCGCAGUGUCUGUGUUCUGCAUUCAAAGCCCAGAAAGAUCAAUUUAAUCCACAUUACCUUAUAAACAAUGCUGUUGCCAAUGUAAUUUUAUCCAUUGCAUUUGGGGAUCGGUGUAAUUAUGAUGAUGCAGAAUUCCAACGACUUUUAUAUCUCUCAAGUGAGGGCUUGAAAGGCAAAUCUGGACUCCUGAGCCAGAUCCUAAAUGAAAUUCCUUUUCUAAUGAACAUCCCGUGGCUUAUUGAUCCUGUGAUGCAGGCCGAUUAUGAAGUGAUUACAUUUUUUAAGGAAAAAGUUUCAGAGCAUCAGAAAACUUGGAAUCCUAACUACACCCGUGAUUUUACUGAUGCUUAUCUGGUGGAGAUGGAAAAAGUGAAAGAAGACAGUGGGAGUAGUUUAAAUGAGGGAAACCUGCUUAUGACAAUAUAUGAUCUGUUUAUGGCUGGGACAGAAACUACAAGUACCACCCUGAGGUGGGCUCUGUUGUAUAUGAUCCUCUACCCAGAUGUCCAGUCCAAAGUUCAAGAAGAAAUUGAUGAAGUAAUUGGAAGAGAACGGACCCCAACAAUGGGGGAUAUGCUACAAAUGCCAUAUACUAAUGCUGUGAUCCAUGAAGUACAACGAUGUGGAGAUGUUAUCCCCUUGCCUGUGCAUAUGACCUACAAAGAUAUAGAAAUUAAAGGUUACAUUAUACCAAAGGGCACCACUGUCAUCGCCAACCUGUCCUCUGUGCUCAAGGAUCAGAAAGUAUGGGAGAAACCUUUCCAGUUUUACCCAAUGCACUUCCUGGAUGAGAACGGAAAGUUUGUAAAACGAGAAGUAUUUAUUCCAUUUUCUGCAGGUCGGAGGUCUUGCUUGGGAGAACAACUUGCCAGAAUGGAACUCUUCCUGUUUUUUACCACUUUAUUACAGCAACUUACAUUUGAGAUACCAAAUGACCAACCUUGUCCAAGAGAAGAUCCUCUCUAUAAAUUUUUUCUAUCUCCAUAUCCCUACAAUAUUCAUGUAGUAGCUAGGGUCUGA